CAUAACUGAUGUGAGGAUUGCUGUCAAUCACGUGAUUCAAUCAAUCAGUUAGUUAUCGUCACAACUAUGGGUGAGAUCGACGUGUCUUCAGGUGAUUGCAUUGAUUUAGUGGUCAAUCACACCACUGAUGUCUCACAUAAGGAUAGCAUUUCAUUUGAAAUUCUUCAUGUGGUCAAAGAGACUCAGAGCCAACACGGACUCAAACACGGAGACUAUCAUCGAUAUCGACAAUACUGUAGUCGACGUCUUAACCGACUGAGACGAUCACUAAAUUAUGUCCAGAGCUCGGGUAAAGCGCGCUCUACAUAUCAGCCUAAACUUGUAACCAAUCAGUUGGUCACUGAGGCUAAGACAGCAAAGAAGGAUCCCAUCAGAUAUUUGAUGAUACCGUUGAUGUGCGCCGAAAGGAGUUGGGCUCACGCUAUGCAACUCAAACAAGAGGCCAAUACAGAGCCGCGCAAGAAGUUUCAUAUGAUGAGGAAGUAUAAGAAAGCAGUGAAUUAUGGUAACAGUUUGCAGACCAUUUGUAACACUGAACCGACCAAAUGUGACGCUCGCACUAAACUAGAGGCCAGUGCUUAUGCCUCAUACCUGACGGGACUGUUUUAUUUUGAGACUGAAGAAUGGAUUAAAGCGAGUGAGUUCCUCAAGAAGGCUCAAACUAUAUAUGAAAAGCUCUUCCAAACCAUUGCUGACGAAGAAGUGGCCGCUCAUUAUAAACAACGAUGCGAUGAAAUCAAACCCACUCUCAGAUAUUGUGCUUUUAAUAUUGGAGAUCAAAAUAUUGGGGCUCAAGAUCUGAGCCGAAUGCAGAGUGAGGUCAAUGAAAUGGAUGACCAGUUAUUGGUUAAUAAGUUAGACCAAUUAAUACUUCAGGCCCGAGAAAAACAAUCGGUAACAUUAAGUGAAAUUCAAUGGUUAGGCAAAACAAUUUCGAUUAAACAAGAAAAGAUCCGCACGUUUUUAUUGCUAAUACAAGAUCUGGUCAUCGGAUCAGCAAAAGUGUCUCAAAUUGAGAAAAUUAUUUUUGAAUGUCGGGAUUGUCUUCAACUCUUAAGAGAAACAAAUCAAGAAAAGAGUUUAUUAUUUAAUUACUUAUCAUAUUUAAGACUUGAUCUAACAAUUGGACGUAAUUUGCAACUCAUAAAGACAUUACAAAAUUCAUCGGAAAUGAUCCGUCCGUUUGAAAUCAUUAUCGGAAGCUUUAAUGAGAUGCAGUCAUUGCCUUUGGAACAGUUCUAUGGCUCGAGUAAUGCGUUGGACUUAUUUAACAAACAAAUUGAAGCAAAAAUAACAACUUUCAAGGCUUUCCGAUGCUAUCAUAUCGGAAAUUUCAAUAAAAAUAAUUGGAAAGAAUCGGUGGCUCUUCUUCAUCGGUCCACUCAGUACUGUAAAGAUGCCAUCAAUGAUCCCAACACUACUAAUGAAAUGAAAUCAGAAUUGAAGCAAUUGAUGUCCAAAUCAGAGUCUGAGAAGUUUACUCUUUACGCCAAUAAUUUAAUGAAAGAUGAGUUGUCAUCUGAAACGAAAGUUAAGACAAAUAAAGACAUUCCUCCUUUGAUAUCACGUUUGGACACUUACUAUGAAGAUAGCGAACUAUUAACUGGUAAUUCAUCUUUAGCUGAAUUUCCGCCACAAUUUAAAGCGAUUCCAUGCAAACCUUUAUUUUUUGAUUUGGCUUUAAAUCACAUAAAAUUCCCGUCACUUGAGACUGAAACUAAUCCAAAAAAUACAGGGAUUACUGGUUUCGUCAAAGGAUGGCUCGGCGGUUGGCGAAAGUAACCAUUUACCGGUAUUUGUUUUACCGGUAAUACAUACACUUUAUAAAACUCAAAAAACUAAUAGUAACUAUCAUUUCUGUCAAAUUCAAUAAU